GAUGCAGAGGGAGUGAGAUGAGGAUGUAACUUAACGCUCGCGCGCUGUGGGGCAGUGCACAUUUCAGCCGAAAAAGAAAACAUUUCUCGUUUUCAAACAAGGUUUUAAAAUAUCGCAAUAAUAAGUUGCACAUACAGUAAAUGCUAGGACCGGUGAAACGCCAUUCGGUCAGUGGACGCUUCCCUUAAAAUCUACAUUGAAAUUUCAUUAGCCAGGAACAUAGGCUACCGUAAACAACAUCCAUAGAAAAGGGGGAGAUGUGGCCUGGUUUGGGCUCCUUCAUGGCCCUGGUGCUGUUAGCAGUUUUGGGGUUCCCUUCUCAAACGUGGAGCCUCAACCCAGAUGACCCCAACGUAUGCAGUCACUGGGAGAGCUAUGCAGUGACUGUGCAGGAAUCCUAUGCUCACCCAUUCGACCAGAUCUACUACACCAGAUGCACAGACAUUCUCAACUGGUUCAAAUGCACCAGGCACAGGAUCAGCUAUAAGACUGCAUAUCGGCGGGGCGUGAGGACCAUGUACAGGCGCCGCUCGCAGUGUUGCCCUGGAUACAUCGAGAGCGGAGACCUCUGUGUCCCUCUCUGUACAGAGGAGUGUGCUCAUGGCCGCUGUGUGUCCCCUGAUACCUGCCAGUGUGAACCCGGGUGGGGAGGACUGGACUGCUCCAGUGGCUGCCAGAAUGACUAUUGGGGGGCCCACUGCAGUAACCGAUGCCAGUGCCAGAAUGGGGCGCUCUGCAACCCCAUCACGGGCGCCUGCGUCUGCACCGACGGCUACCAGGGCUGGCGCUGCGAGGAGACCUGCGAGCCGGGGCACUACGGCAAGGCCUGCCAGCUGCCCUGCCAGUGCCUCAAUGGCGCCACCUGCCACCACCAGACAGGGGAGUGCCUCUGUGCGCCAGGCUACACCGGGGUCUACUGUGAGGAGCGCUGCCCAGCUGGGAGCCACGGGCCGCAGUGUGAGCAACGCUGCCCGUGUCAGAACGGAGGGGUGUGCCACCACAUCACCGGGGAGUGCGCCUGCCCCCCAGGAUGGAUGGGCUCAGUCUGUGCCCAGCCAUGCCCGUUUGGCAGGUUUGGCAUCAACUGCACCCAGGAAUGCCCGUGCCGCAACAGCGGGCUGUGUGACCACAUCAGCGGGCAGUGCCAGUGCGCGGCAGGGUACACCGGGGAAAGGUGCCAGGAGGAGUGCCCAGUUGGCACCUAUGGCCCACAGUGCGCAAAGAAAUGCGACUGCCAGAACGGUGCUACAUGUUACCAUGUCAACGGAGCAUGCGUGUGUGACACAGGCUUCAAAGGGCCCAACUGCCAGGACCGGUUCUGCCCAAAUGGGCUGUAUGGCCUCAUCUGCGACAAAUACUGCCCCUGUAAUGCCAGCAACACCCUCAGCUGCCACCCGCUGUCGGGUGAGUGCACCUGUGCAGCAGGCUGGGCGGGGCUGUACUGCAACGAGACCUGCCCCUCCGGUUACUAUGGCGAAGGCUGCAGUCAGCCGUGCAACUGCGCCAACAGGGCGGACUGCAACAGCUUCACAGGAGCCUGCAUCUGCGCACCUGGGUUCAUGGGAGAACACUGCUCUCUGAUUUGUCCUCCUGGACUAUACGGGACGAACUGUUCCAGCACCUGCGUCUGCCGAAACGACAUUGGGUGCUCUCCUCACGACGGAGCCUGUAUCUGCAGGGAAGGUAAGCCCCGACCCGUCGCUCCUGUCCCCCCGAAGUCUCCCCCCCCUCCGUCUCAGAAUAACACAUUCACACUUUUCUCUGAAUCAAGUGAAGCACCUGAUGCUGGCCUGACCCGUCAAUCACCCAUCCUCAAAAUGAACUGGGUGUCCCAGCCAAUUGCAGCUCUUAUGAGCUGCAGUGACUGCAGGCCCAUCGGAUUGUUUGGUGACCAGUCCUGCGCCUGCGCCAACGAGGCAGCCUGUGACCCCAUGGACGGGUCCUGCACCUGCUCCGCUGGGUGGAGGGGCGACCUCUGUGACACUCCCUGUCCCGAUGGCACUUACGGGCUGGAUUGUCAGCAGCACUGUGACUGUGACCAUGCCGACGGCUGUGACCCUGUGAGCGGGCAAUGCCGCUGUCUUGCUGGCUGGACUGGGGUCCGCUGUGACAGUGUGUGCACCCAGGGCCACUGGGGACCCAACUGCUCCAGGACCUGCACCUGCGAAAACGGGGGCUCCUGCUCGCCUGAGGACGGCACCUGCGUGUGCGCCCCUGGAUACCGCGGGACGUCCUGCAAGAGGAACUGCUCCCCAGGGCUCUACGGGCAGCGCUGCAGCCUGUCGUGCCCGCAGUGCGUCCACAGCGUCGGGCCGUGCCACCACAUCACCGGGCUCUGUGAGUGCCUGCCAGGCUACUUCGGCUCUCUGUGCAGCCAGGUGUGUCCCAGUGACAGGUAUGGGAAAGACUGUGCAGAGGUGUGCCUCUGCAGCAAUAACGGCUCCUGCAGCCCCAUCGACGGCUCCUGCCAGUGCCUCUCCGGCUGGAUCGGGGAAGACUGCUCCCAGGCUUGUCCCUCGGGGUACUGGGGCCCCGACUGCAUCCACAGCUGUAACUGUCACAAUGGAGCCCAGUGCAGCGCCACAGACGGGGAGUGCAGGUGCAGCACCGGCUGGACUGGACUGUACUGCACUCAGCGCUGUCCCUCGGGGUUCUAUGGGCGGGACUGUCUGGAGGUGUGUCACUGCCAGAACGGAGCGGACUGUGACCACGUUAACGGGCAGUGCGCCUGCCGCACGGGCUUCAUCGGGUACAGCUGUGAGCUGAAAUGCCCGUCUGGGACGUUUGGUUAUGGUUGCCAGCAGCUGUGUGAGUGCCUGAAUAACGCCACCUGUGACUAUGUGACAGGCACCUGCUACUGCAGCCCUGGGUACAAAGGCAUCCGCUGUGACCAGGCGGCCCUGAUGAUGGAUGAGCUGAACCCGUACACUAAGAUCAGCCCGGCGCUGGUGUCGGAGCGGCAGUCUGCAGGUGCGGUGAUGGGCAUCAUCUUCCUCCUGCUGCUGAUCAUGGCCAUGCUGAGCCUGUUCGUCUGGCACCGGCAGAGACAGAGUGAGAAGAACCACGACAUGCCCAGUGUCUCCUACACGCCUGCUCUGGGGAUCUCCAGCACAGACUACACCCUCUCUGAUGCUUCUCAGACCAGUGUCAAUACCAGUGGCCACUGCUUCUCCAACCCUAGCUACCACACUCUGGGUCAAUGCAGUGUCACCCAGUGCCAUGGCAACAGCCUGGAUGGACAGUCCACCCUGAAGCCGAAGAGCAAGAAGGGGGACCGGAGCAGUGCGGAGUGGAGGGCGUACUGCAACCUCAAAGACCUGGGUGUGCACUGCUUGGACCGACGUUACUCUUACGUUGUAGAACAGUGCUACAAAGAUUACAUGGAGUCCAUGUGCAGUGCCAGCACCUGCUCGCUCAGCAGCGAGAACCCCUACGCCACCAUCAAGGACCCGCCGGGCGUGGCCGUCAGACACUCAGAGAGCAGCUACAUGGAGAUGAAGUCCCCCGCCCGCCGGGAGCCGCCCUGCGGCUCCGCCUUUCGCUCCGCCUCCUGCCCCGCCUCUCGCGCUUCCUCUCGCCCCACUUCCGCCGCCAUCAAGAACGUCUACGACAUGGAACCCACUGUCAAUGUCAUGCAGAGCACAGGAGCAAUAUUGACCACGUUCUCUCAGGGUCCGUAUGACCUGCCUCGAAACAGCCACAUCCCUAGCCACUACGACCUGGUCCCAGUUCGCCUCAGCCCCACCCACAAAACGCCCCCCCCAGCCAGCCCCCCCGGCUCCCUCCUGUAGGGGGCAGGCCUCCAAACGUCCAAUGUGGACAGGGCCAUGCUGCCCAGCCCCGCCCCGCCCUGCCCCACUCUGCCAUGCCCCACCAAGCCCUACCACACCCCACCCUGCCCAGGGUUCUCUCUCUAACUGUUGCGUGGUAACAGAGCACAGAUUGUGGGCAUACUUCUUUCUCGCUUCCUCUCUCUCUCUUUCUCCCCCCUCCCUCCUUGCCUACCCUCUCUCUCUCUCUCUCUCUCUCUCUGAGUGGAUGGGACUUCCUGCGGCUACCUGAUUCCAGGGUUCCUCUGGAUUAUGAGCCUGGACACCAGCUGCAGUUUGCCCCGCAAAGACUGACCUACUGUGGGGUGGGCUUUAGGGCCACCAAAACUUUGCAUCCCAGACCUCUAACAUGGCCGCAGGAAAGGGAGGCAGUUCCUCUGUGGCUGGGUGGGGUUGCACUAGGAAGCUGGAGAAAGCAUCCGGUUUGAACUUCCCUGUUGGAACUCACUGUGAAACCCCUUACUGGACAGCAGGGAACCCAGCCUCCAGAUGUGGAGCUCUGUCAGCUGCUGUUGGCUGCAGGAACUUUAUACCCAAGUGAGGAAUGGGCGGGGCUCCAAAGGGGCGGGGCUCAGAUCAAGGUCACAGUUGGGCCUGCCAUCAGAGGGUAUCAGGGCCAGGAGUGACCUUGAAUGACCUUUGGCCUGACCUUAGUGAUAGAGGGGGUGUCUCUGUGCAGGGACAUUUAUUCACACUGCUGCUGAAUGGAAACCUGCCUCAUCCGAGGUCACAGCCUCCUUGACUCCUUGUCUUAGAACAAAACCCAAUGAUAAUGCAUGAUUAUGUAAUGAAUAUUGUAGCAAUGGUCUCAUUCACUGGUGGAAAAAAAACAACACUGGAAAUGGUCACAUGUAGAAUUCCAAAUUAUCUUUCCCCCCUAUAUUUUCAUUUAUAUUUAUUUAUUUAUUGUCCUUUUUUGACUGUUUACAUAUUGAAACCCCAUCUGGGUUCAUAUCUUUUAAGAAACGUUGUUUUUCUUUCUCUCUUUGUAAUUGUAAUUAUGUAUUUAUAUUGUGUCUGAUGAUUAUUUACAUUGAGUGAUAUUGUAGUUGGUUUUAUUAGUGAGAUGUUUCAAUGAAAAGCAAGCAUGAUCAAUUUAAGAUAUUAAAUGUAAAUAACUGUCACCUCCAGCACAUUUUGCUGUGUUGCAGUCUGUAUACAUCAUUAAUGAUCUUCAAAUUUAAGAAAUAUAUAGAUAUAUAAUUCUUUGUUUAUAGACCUGGAAAAUGGGAAAAGUAUAAUAUGUAAUCAGAAUGCUUGUGCACUGUAUAGCCCAUGAAAUAUCUGUGUUUGUAUGACAGUAGCAGAAGCGGUGUGCUGAAGAGAGAUGUGUCCUUUACAGACCUGGGUUCGAGGAUGAAAUUCCCACCACUGUUACACAGCUGGCUGUAAUGAGGCUUAUUUUACAGCCAUUUUACAAGCAGCUGAUGUAACGGCAAUUGUUUAUAAUAUGCUGUUACCAAUUGCUCAUUUCACGAGUGCAGCGUCGACCACAAGCAGACAAACCAUUCACGACACCGAUAAGUCAGACUUCACUCUUCAUCAUUCUACUUCUUUGUCCUUCUCUUCCUCCUCCUCCUCCUUUGUCGUGUAAUGAAGUGUCAGAGAUCCUGUCGGGAUCGCCACAGUCUAUUUCCUCUAAAUUCCUUUAUUGACGAGUCAGCUGUGACCAGGGUGCCUGUGAUCAGUUUAUCAGUGUGAAGAGUUGAGAAUAACCUCUUCAGCCUCGUCACUGUAGGACGUACAGUGGGCAGAGCUUUAAUUAUUCAGUUUUGUUUUUGGUGGCACAGCAAACAUGUGUGCACUUUUUCCUAUGAAAUUGGCACCCAACUUGGGGCUGUACAUACCCAGUUCCCACCCUAAUUUGGAAUGUCCAGUUGUCCGCAGCAACCAUCGCCACGUUCACGCAUGAAUCCCACUGCCAGUUCGGGAGAGUGUACGUACUCGCGCUUAUCCUCCGAAACACGCGGCGUCACCAGCUGCUUCUUUUCACAUCGCAGGCUAUGACUAAGAACGGAAUCUGAGGAAGAUCUUUCAUACGCAGCUUUAACAUCCACACCGAGCCCUGCCGACCAGCAGGGGUCGCUAGAUAGCAAUGAAACAUGGACCACUAACUGACCAAACCCUCCUAUACCCUCAGACAUGCAAUUGGCAGUUGCACGUUGCCCUAUGGAGCUACCAGCCAGUCAGCACUGGCAUGGACCGGAUUUGAUUCGAGACCUUGGGGCUCAUCUUUGCACCACAGCAUGGUGCCUUAACUCCAUCCAGCUGCUAGUUAUGUAAUUUUGAAUACACAUUUUUUUCUAAUUUGAAUACAAUUUUCUAAACAAUAUAUUUAAAAAAAAACAUGGAUUACAACUGGAAUGUCAAUCAAAAUGAUUAAAUACUAAAUAAUAAUUAUAUAAAAAUAACAACUUAACAUAAAUGCCCAUUGUUGAAGCCUGGUCUGAUUGUAUAAAAACCCAGACUUCCUGCUUUUUUGUAUAUAAACAUGGGGGGAGGAAACCAUUCUGAGUCUUUCUGUGUGCAGUGUUCACUACUUCUCUCCUGGAAGCAAUAACAUCUCGACAAUCUAGCAAAGGCCGCAUUCAUCAAUCAUGGACAUCAAGGUAUGAGCUUGUGUGUGCAAGAGAGCGUGCAUACAUGUGUGAGAGUUGUGCAUACCAGAGACAGGGUGAAAGUGUGUAUGUGUGUGUGAAAGAAAGCCUGUGCGUGUUUUUCAGCGUGGAGAUGAUGUCAUUUCCCGUGCUGUUAUUUGCAGAGCUCCUUUUAUCUUUAAUAAAAACUCUAAAUAAAGUUGUUGCUCAGG